AUGUCAGUUGCUACCAUGAGAAUAUCAAAUAUUUUGCAGUUGAUUAUCUUAAGCCUAGAAUACACGAGCAGUGAGGUCAGAAUCGAUGUGUUUUGUUCUAUAUGUUCAAAGUUUGAAAUAAAGAUUUUGAAUAUUUAUUCUUUAAUGCAGUUUUUUGCAAAAGCGGUCUCUGAAAAAACGUAUUGUAUGAAGUUAAAUUAUUUCGUCUUGGCUUGGCUUUUCCUGCUUGUCAUCGAGAAUGCUGCAGAAGGUCCAUGUUUACUUAUAUUUGAUAAUAAUCACAUUACACAUUUGCAAUUCGUCGUUAUGUGUACUUUUUUAUCAGAAAUAACAUUUGAAGUUGUGUAUCCUGAGAGAAUUCACCAUUCAAGAUCAAAACGAGAUUUGUCCACCUUAAGUGACGAUCAGCAUGAAGAUUCUGCAACUUACCACAUCAAAGCUAAGCAUAAGGAUUACAUCAUUGAUUUAAAGAAGCAUUCGGGCAUUCAUCCUGGAUCAAUCUUACUUCGAACAUUUGAUGAUGAUGGCCUUGCUGUUCAUAAUGAUCAUACGCCUGAAAAUUGCCAUUACGAAGGAACAAUACGAGGAAUAAAAGAUUCAUCUGUGACCAUAAGUACCUGCAGACGUGGGCUAACGGGAAGUUUGGAUGACGGUGAACAUCGAUAUGACAUAGAGCCAAAUGAUGUUGACGGUGGUCACAAAUUUUACAAAGUUGAUGAUGAAAUUGACAGCAUAAACGAAAAGUUACUGAAGGCUUCCUACCUUGAUCAUGAAAAUGUAAACAACAACUUUGAGGACGAGAAAUAUAGCGAGAAGUAUAGCGAAGUCAGAAAGAAGAGAGACAUAGCGAAUUUGAGACCAUAUGAGUUGAUCAAUGUCGAGCCUCAGUAUGUUUCAUACCUUACUACGACACAAACAAGAUAUGUAGAGAUGUUUGUGUGUGCUGAUGAGGGAUUGUACAAAAGGUAUAACAAUGAUACUAGUUUGGUACUUGAAAGAAUUCUCAAUGCAUUGUUACAAGUGGACAAGGUUUAUCAAGCAAUUAAUGUUCGUCUGGUGCUUGUUGCUUUGGAAGUUCAAACAAAUGGUCCCACUUUUACGAGAUACAAGACUGGGGGAAGUGAUCUUAGCUCAUUUAAAAAUUAUGUUAAAAAUGUUAUUAAGAAGACCAGUCAAUUUAAAGAUAUUCGUAUUGAUAAUGCUCAAUUGAUGAGUCAUUAUUACUGGAGUGACUGUGCAGGUAUGGCUUAUGUAGGAACACUUUGUGGAAGUGCAUCAGCUGCCGUCAAUGCAUGGUCGUUUGGAAGUAUUAGUGGUCCUGUUGUAAUAAUUGGUCACGAAUUUGGACAUAACAUGAAUUUCCCACAUGAUGGGGACACAUGCAAAUGUUUAACACCAAGAGGUUGUUUGAUGGGUGGCUCAAAAUCUGGUAGACCUGGUUUUUCUGAUUGCAAUCUAAACAGGCUUAAAGCAAAAAAAUUUGCUUGCAUUGAUGAUUACCCCGUUGCGCCUUUAUUAUCCAAAUGCGGCAAUGGUAUCAAAGAGCCUGGCGAGGAAUGUGACUGUGGCACUCUAGAGACAUGUGCAGCUAACAAUGAUAGCUGUUGUGAACCUCAUGGAUGUAGAUUGAAACCACAUGUGCAGUGUAGUUAUGUUAAUAACCCUGAGUGCUGCUCCAUGCAGUGUUUGUAUAAAAAGCAAGGUACAUUAUGUAGAGAAGCCAAUGGAAAUUGUGACGUACCUGAGUACUGCACUGGACUGAAUGCUAUAUGUCCAACAGAUCAUGUGAUUACAAAUGGGAUGCAGUGUGGAGACAGUAUAAAGAUGCUUAUUGGAACACUACAUCGAUCACGUGAGCAUAUAACUACAUUAAAUCCAAAAGUAAUUGGUCGCUAUUUUAAAUUUGUGCCGAAACAUUGGAAUAAGAAUGGGUAUGCUUGUAUGAAGAUUGAGAUGGAUGGUUGUGAAUCAAGCCAAGCCGCUGCUUCAUCGCCAACCCCUAUUAUAACUGAGCAUUUGCACUAUCACAGAGAAAUGUGUGUUACACCCAACAUUACUAGUUGCUCCGGAGAUAUCCCUGAUGGUACUAAAAUAAUGUAUCGUACAAUGCCAAAUUAUGAUUGCAAUUACGAACAUAUGCAAUUUAUAUAUAAAACAGAUGGUACUCUGAUUCAUAAAUGCAGUGGAAAGAAAGUUUGUGCAAGUAACGAUGGAAAGUAUUGGAUUGUUUCAAGUGCAUGUGAUGCAGAAGCAUCAAAAUAUACUAGAACAGCGGACAAUUCGUUAAAACAGAUAACAUCAGGAAAAUGUGCUGGCGCUAGAAAUGGCUGGCCAAAUUCUGGUGAUCUCCUUAUGUUAACAAGCACAUGUGACGCGUCUUAUCAUAGAUCGAAAUUGUUCUUUCUCCAUACAGACUGUAUACUUCCUCUUGGUUUUGCUAAUGGUAAACUUCCCGAUUCUGCUUUUUCUGCUGGAAAUUACAGAGAAGAAAAGUACAAUAUUAAAAACAUUCGUAUAAACAAAAAUGGUUGGUGUGCGAAGAGCAAGACAGAUGGUAGUUGGUUUAAAAUUGAUUUUGGAAAGCGUGUGGAAGUCUCCCAAGUUAGAAUGAAGGGAACCUAUUGGAAUUGGAUAACAGGCUAUCAACUUAUGUAUUCGGAUGAUGACGUACAAUGGCAUGGGUACAAAGAAAGUAGCGCAACACAUUGGAAAGAUAUGAACAGUUACUGUUUUAAUGGAGAAUGCACUAAAACAUAUGAUCACCAAUGUCGCAGUUUGUGGAAUGCUGACGCAAAGAAAGCUACCGAUGUCUGUUGGUCAGAAUUGAACAGCGCAAAUCUGAGUGGCUAUGGAACAUGUGAUCCAACAAAAAACAUCUCUUGUACUACAAGCAAUGUCAAGUGUGGACAGCUCCAGUGCGAAGCUAGUGAAACAAAACCAUAUUAUGUCGACUAUGGUACACAAUACAAAAAAUUCACAAUUAAGGGUGCCAAAUGCAGCGGAGCUCAAAUAACUACAAGUGAGCAGGUUGGGCUUGGUAUGGUGACUGAUGGUACUAAAUGUGGUGAUGGAAAGAUUUGCGUUAAACAACAGUGUAAGACACCUGUUGAGCAUGGUUUUACAACAUGUCCAUCUACCAAUGGUGUUGUUUGCAAUGGUAAAGGAACUUGCCAGGCUAAUGGAAAAUGUCAAUGUGAGGGUGGAUAUAAUCCUGACAAUGGUUGCACAAAAAAGUUUGUUCCUGUUGAUGGGGUUUGGGGAGAAUGGUCCCAAUGGACGGUGUGUAGCAAAGGUUGCAGUACUGGUACGCGAAGAAAACACCGCUUCUGUAAUCAACCCAUUCCUAAACACGGCGGAGAAGAUUGUCCGGGAGCAAGAUUACAGGAAGAGAAUUGCAACACAGAGACAUGCCCAAUUGGACGUUCGUGCAAAGCAAUUAAAAUGAUCCUUGAAAAAGAUGGGCGAAAGGUUUAUGACGGUAUAUAUACAAUAAAACCAAGUAGUGACGUAACGUUAAGUGUCUACUGUGACAUGACCAGGGAUGGAGGUGGUUGGACUUUGGUUGUUUCGUCUCAUUCAAACUCGUGGACAGCUGAAAAUGUGAGGCUAAGAAAUAAAGAUUCACCUAAACUUAAGGAAGAUUAUUCAAUCCUAAAGUAUGCUGAUUUGAUAAAAAGAAGUUACUUGAUAAACGAUACAAAGUUUCAAUACAGACUUGAAGCUGAAACACUUGGGUACUGGGGAGGUGUAUUCGAGGCAACAAGUCGUUACAAGGUACAUUCCUCAAAUAAAAAUCAAAACGACGUGAAGAUAAUUAAGAAAUUUAAUAAUUGGGAGUUCAAUUCGAAUGGAAUUGAGCAACGAUUGCCAUAUUUGCAAGGACAUAGAUUAACGACAUCAGGAUCAACCAGAAAUCAUUGGGGAACAAUAACAGAUAACAAAGCAGGUUAUCAUCCAUCAGCAUGGAUAAAAGGUCAUCUUAAAAUGCAAAAGCCUGAGAGUGUUUGGUACUGGAUUCGUGAAGGCGAUUACCACUAUCCAAAAUCAUGUUUGGAAAUUAUGUUCAGAGGAUUCAGUGAGAGGAAGUUUUCAAGUGGUGUGUAUAAAAUUGAACCAAGAGCGGGUAAAAUUGUUGAAACGAUGUGUGAUUUUGAUCGCUAUGCUGGUGGCUGGACGUUGUUAACUAAAUCCUCAUCAAGACACAGUUGGACGAAGGAGAAAGUAUUGGAAUUCAAUUCGAAUAAUGCAGACAAAAAAGAAUACUCAAUUUUAGGACUAGUCGACAAUAUCAAACAUUUUGAUGAUGGAGAGUCGAGCUUUGAGUACAUGAUAGAAGCUAAUGGGGCAAAUAGCAAUGGUGGAAUAUUCUCAAGUAGCGUGGAUUACAGUUUAUUGACAUGCCCGCCGUCUUCAGUCAAACCUAAGUUGAUCAGAAAAUUUGGAACAUGGGAUGAACAAAAGGAGAAUAUUGCCAAGUAUCCAUUGUUCUUAACCUCGAAAAACAGUGUCUUUCUAACAGAUUGCACUUCUGAUGGUACAGAUACAAGUGGUGCUAUUUUGACUGACUCUACAAAUACAGGAAGUUACAUGAGUAACUUGGCCGACCCAUCAAGCAUUAAAAUUUGGAUCAGAGAAGGUGGAAGCCGCAAGUCUUGCAAUGAUUUGAAAAUUCAUGGUUAUCAUAAGGGUAAAACGGAUUAUAAGGACGGUUUCUACAUGCUAAAGGGGUCACAACCGGUGUACUGCGACAUGACAACUGACAAGAAUGAAGGAUGGACAUUACUGGUCACUGCAUCAUCGAAUGGUUGGUCAUUUGAACAGACUUUGUCCCGAUCUCCAUUGCUACCUUCUCUUUAUGAAGACUUUUCGAUACUAAAUGAAGCUAACACCAUAAAAGCAUUGUCUAAUGCAGACACAUUCAAGUAUAUGAUUGAUGCUCAACAAAGAAGACAUUGGGGUGGAAUCUGGAAAGCACCUAUUAAAUACUCCUUCACAUCAACUAGUAAGGGACGCGAAGACGUUGAGUUGCUCAAAAAAUUUAGCGAAUGGGACUAUGAAGUAGACUGGUGGCGAGGACCUAGAGGACGCAUGCCUUAUCUUGGAAGAGCAUCCAAAAACAAAGCAUUCUUAACAACUGCCAGUUUUGACGACUACACGGAAUGGGGGUCUAUUGUAUCUAAUAAUUCUGAUGGAAAUGUACCAUCAAAAUGGAUUCACCCACAAAUGAAAAGUCCUGGCGUUAUUUGGUACUGGGUUAAUGAAAAUGACUGUGAUGCUGAUUAUAAAAAAAUUGAUGGAAAAUACAGCACCUGGACAUUGUGGACCCCAUGCUCUUCAUUUUGCGGCACUGGCACACAAGCAAGAAAACGAGCCUGCAAUAGUCCUGAGCCACGUUGUGGUGGUGAUCCGUGUGAAGAGACAGCCAGUACGGAAGAAACUCGAACUUGUACCGGAAAGUGUUCAGAAACAUCUAUUCGAACGCCAGAUGACGCUUUUUGUUUUGAACCAAAAAAAGGCGGUUGUAAACCAGAUGAUGAAACAGUUAUCGUUCUUCGUCCAACUUCCUCCCAUUGCCACGGUUCCGAAGCUAAAUUUGUGUUCAAUUCUGCUACCGGUGCUUUGCUUCACAAAUGUAGUGGAAAGCCUGUCUGUCUCAAAGGAGGUAGCUCAAAUUAUGCCACCCGACUUGUUGUUAGUGCCAACUGUCCCUCGCCUACUACCGCCAAGCAUUUAUUAAGGACCCUUUGGAAAAGCAUUCAAUUCAAUACACUCUGUCUGGAUCCGUACGGAGGUUCAAUAAGAGAUAACGUCGAAAUAGCUUUAUGGAGUGGUUGUACAGUUGCCAAAAGAAGAUUCAUAAUGACUAACCUUGCAAACGGUCCUGUUGUAGCUAAUUAUUUUAAUAACAUACAAGAUUCUGCGUUCGCCAACUUAACAUCCGAUCCACGGUAUCCUAACUCACCAACAGCUUCUGGUUUUAUUGACAACUUUGAUUCAGCUGCGAAUGUUGGUAGCAAAUACGGUUUGCAACUGCAUUCCUACUUUGUUGCCCCGCAAUCUGGGUUUUACAAGUUUGUUGCAGCAUGUGAUAACGUAUGUCAAGUGUACCUAUCUACUGAUUCUGAUCCUGCAAAUAAAGCCAGCAUUAUUACUGUCACGUCAUAUACCAGUCGAUAUCAGUACAACAAGCGAACAUCACAGAAUUCAAAUGCGAUAAAACUGGCUGCUGGUAGUGUGUAUUACAUUGAAGCCAUUAUGAUUGAAUUAGGCGGAGGUGAUCACAUCUCGGUUGGAGUUUAUCUUCCUGAUGGAACAGGAAUAUUGCCUAUUACUUCUGAUUAUCUUACUAUACCAACCUGACUUUAAAUACGUUUUCUGGCACGCUUAAUAAAAGUAAUUAUUGUAAAGCACGAUUAGUAACGGGACAUUUAUGCACUUUGACCAUUUUAUAACGAAAUACAUAAACGCACGAUGAA